CAGGAUUCCGGGGCCGAGAGCGGGUGGUGGAGCCGGGACCUCGCGUGAUUCUCGGAACCCGAGAAGCGGCGUCUGGGGCUAUGGCUGUUACUCUGGACAAAGACGCUUAUUACCGGCGAGUGAAGAGACUGUACAGCAAUUGGCGGAAAGGAGAAGAUGAGUAUGCCAAUGUUGAUGCCAUUGUUGUGUCAGUGGGUGUUGAUGAAGAAAUUGUUUAUGCCAAAUCAACGGCCUUACAGACCUGGCUCUUUGGUUAUGAACUGACUGAUACAAUCAUGGUCUUCUGUGAUGAGAAAAUCAUCUUUAUGGCUAGCAAGAAGAAGGUGGAGUUCCUGAAACAGAUUGCCAACACUAAGGGCAAUGAGAAUGCUAACGGGGCGCCUGCCAUCACACUGCUAGUACGAGAAAAGAAUGAGAGCAAUAAGAGCAGCUUUGACAAAAUGGUGGACGCCAUUAAAGAAAGCAAGAACGGCAAGAAGAUUGGGGUGUUCAGCAAAGACAAAUUCCCUGGAGAGUUCAUGAAGAGCUGGAACGACUGCCUCCACAAGGAGGGCUUCGAGAAAAUAGACAUCAGUGCAGUGGUAGCGUACACGAUCGCGGUGAAGGAGGACGGGGAGCUCCUGCUCAUGAAGAAGGCAGCCAGCAUCACCUCCGAGGUGUUCAGCAAGUUCUUCAAGGAGCGAGUCAUGGAGAUCGUUGAUGCAGACGAGAAAGUUAGGCACAGCAAACUGGCCGAGUCUGUGGAAAAGGCCAUUGAGGAGAAGAAAUACUUAGCCGGGGCAGACCCUUCUACUGUGGAAAUGUGUUAUCCUCCGAUCAUCCAGAGCGGGGGCAACUAUAACCUCAAGUUCAGUGUGGUGAGUGACAAGAAUCACAUGCAUUUUGGGGCCAUCACUUGUGCCAUGGGUAUUCGCUUUAAAUCUUACUGCUCCAACCUCGUUCGUACCUUGAUGGUUGAUCCUUCUCCGGAAGUUCAAGAGAAUUACAACUUUUUGCUACAGCUUCAAGAGGAGCUGUUAAAGGAAUUACGACAUGGUGUGAAGCUAUGUGAUGUGUACAGUGCUGUCAUGGAUGUGGUUAAGAAACAAAAGCCAGAACUGCUGAACAAAAUUACCAAAAACCUGGGAUUUGGAAUGGGAAUUGAAUUCCGUGAAGGCUCUCUAGUAAUCAACAGUAAAAAUCAGUAUAAAUUAAAAAAAGGAAUGGUUUUCAGCAUUAAUUUGGGAUUCUCAGACUUGACCAAUAAGGAAGGGAAGAAACCAGAAGAGAAAACCUAUGCCCUAUUCAUCGGUGACACAGUGCUUGUGGAUGAGGAUGGCCCGGCCACUGUUCUCACGUCUAUGAAGAAGAAAGUGAAGAAUGUGGGGAUUUUUCUAAAGAAUGAAGACGAGGAGGAGGAGGAGGAGGAGAAAGACGAGGCUGAAGAUCUUCUGGGAAGAGGUUCUCGGGCAGCAUUACUUACAGAAAGAACGCGAAACGAGAUGACCGCCGAGGAGAAGCGGAGAGCGCAUCAGAAAGAGCUGGCAGCUCAGCUCAAUGAGGAAGCCAAGAGGCGGCUGACGGAGCAGAAAGGCGAGCAGCAGAUCCAGAAAGCUCGCAAAUCGAAUGUGUCCUAUAAAAACCCAUCUCUGAUGCCUAAGGAGCCACAUAUUCGAGAAAUGAAGAUCUAUAUUGACAAGAAAUAUGAAACUGUAAUAAUGCCUGUGUUUGGCAUUGCGACACCUUUCCACAUUGCUACAAUCAAGAACAUAAGCAUGUCCGUGGAAGGAGACUACACCUACCUGCGAAUCAACUUCUAUUGUCCGGGCAGUGCUCUUGGCAGGAAUGAAGGCAACAUUUUUCCUAACCCAGAAGCCACUUUUGUGAAGGAAAUCACAUACCGAGCUUCGAACAUGAAGGCACCCGGAGAGCAGACGGUGCCCGCCCUGAACCUGCAGAAUGCGUUUCGAAUCAUCAAGGAAGUCCAGAAACGGUAUAAGACUCGGGAAGCAGAGGAGAAAGAAAAAGAGGGCAUUGUGAAACAAGACUCACUGGUGAUCAAUCUCAACCGGAGUAAUCCCAAGCUGAAAGAUCUCUACAUUCGCCCAAAUAUUGCCCAGAAGAGGAUGCAGGGUUCCCUGGAGGCGCAUGUCAAUGGCUUUCGCUUCACCUCGGUUCGAGGAGACAAGGUGGACAUCCUAUACAAUAACAUCAAGCACGCUCUGUUCCAGCCCUGUGAUGGGGAAAUGAUCAUUGUCUUGCACUUCCACCUCAAGAAUGCCAUCAUGUUUGGGAAGAAGCGGCACACGGAUGUGCAGUUCUACACGGAAGUGGGAGAGAUCACCACAGACCUGGGGAAGCACCAACACAUGCAUGACCGAGACGACCUCUACGCUGAGCAGAUGGAACGAGAAAUGAGGCACAAACUGAAAACCGCCUUUAAAAAUUUCAUUGAGAAAGUAGAAGCUCUGACGAAGGAGGAACUGGAAUUUGAAGUGCCUUUUAGGGACUUGGGGUUUAAUGGUGCUCCCUACAGGAGUACCUGCCUCCUUCAGCCUACUAGUAGUGCACUGGUCAAUGCUACAGAAUGGCCCCCGUUUGUGGUGACCUUGGAUGAGGUCGAGCUGAUCCACUUUGAGAGGGUGCAGUUUCACCUGAAGAACUUUGAUAUGGUGAUAGUCUACAAGGACUACAGCAAGAAAGUUACCAUGAUCAAUGCCAUUCCCGUGGCCUCUCUCGACCCCAUCAAGGAAUGGUUGAAUUCCUGUGACCUGAAGUACACCGAAGGGGUGCAGUCCCUCAACUGGACUAAGAUCAUGAAGACCAUUGUUGACGACCCUGAGGGCUUCUUCGAGCAAGGCGGCUGGUCCUUCCUCGAGCCUGAGGGUGAGGGAAGUGAUGCUGAGGAAGGGGAUUCCGAAUCCGAAAUUGAAGAUGAGACGUUUAACCCUUCAGAAGAUGACUAUGAAGAGGAAGAAGAAGAUAGUGAUGAAGAUUAUUCAUCUGAAGCAGAAGAAUCAGACUACUCCAAGGAGUCGUUGGGCAGUGAGGAGGAGAGUGGAAAGGACUGGGACGAGCUGGAGGAGGAGGCCCGAAAGGCGGACCGGGAAAGCCGUUACGAGGAAGAAGAAGAACAGAGUCGCAGUAUGAGCCGGAAGAGGAAGGCAUCUGUGCACAGUUCGGGCCGUGGCUCUAACCGGGGCUCCAGACACAGCUCUGCGCCGCCCAAGAAAAAGAGGAAGUAACCUCGGAACUGUAGCCCUGAGCUCCACUCUUCCUCCAGCCAGCCCCCUGAGAAUUUUACAUGACAUACAUAGAAACUGUAUUUUUUUCUUUUGUUUUCUUUUGAAGUUUUGCCAUUUGUGUUUAUGGGUUUAGGGGCCCAUUUGUGUGGACCAAUCUACUCGGGGAAUUCCAGGCCCACCAGGACACGUGCCGAUGGCCCAUCCAGACGGCAAGGGAGGAGGAGGUGUUCUUGAAGAAGGGCAGAGGCUUCCGCUGUUGACAAACGUUGUUUCCUUCCUCACUCUUCCUGUCAUCUGCCAGGACACCGGUGGCUUAAGGCAUCGUCUCUGGUGUCCUAAAGCUUUCUUUAAAGACAUUGGUACACGGUGACCUCGAGCUGCCUAUACCAUCAUUCUUGACCAGCAGAUUCAGCCCUUCAGCCUGCCCUACUGUCGCGACUUUUCCUCAGAUCUCUUUACGUUCCAUCUUGCAAGAAAAGGCUCUUGGUUGCUAAUGAUUUGGCUACUUCCGGCAGCUUGAGUUAGUGAAGCCGAUUGGGCUGGUGCCUCCAUCCGAGCUGGCCUGCGUUCUUGCCUUGUGCAGACUCUGAAGUGCCGCCGCCGCCUUGGAAGACGCAAGAAGCAGUGACUCCCCUGAGCCUGGUUUCAUCCUCACAAAUUCACACGACAGUGGUGGAAGACAGACUACCCCUGUCUCCUCCUCUGACGCGUUGUCUGAGGAAGGGUGGGUGUACCUCGUGUGGUGCUGCUAGUGAAAAUCUAGAGGUCGUUCAAAGGAGGCCACAGUUAGAUCGGGAAGGGCCAAGUCAUGCCCUGGGCCUGGAAUGCCCUGAUGAGGAAGCGAGAGAAGAGGAAGGGAGGCCAUGUCUUCAACCGAGCCUCUCGUCACCGCUGCUCCUUGUUCUGACUCGUCGUGCACUGUCCUGUAGUUACCGGUCUCUGUUGAACAGCUUUUCUAAGUACUGGGGGAGUUUAUCCUGCCCUCCUCCCCCUCCCGGUUCUCUGUGCCCACCUGUCCCAUUGCAGCUCCUUCUGUGUUCUGUGACUAAGAAAAGGGGGAGGGGGCAGGGGUCUUGGUUUUUGUUUGUUUGUUUUUUUUCUCCUUAGCUGUAGGACUUGAUAUU